AUGCCCAGACUUGCACCUGAUAAGAAGUCAGAUAAAGCCCUGGCCUUUAUCGAACAAACUGACCACGGAGCCUUCACUGCACUGAGAGCUUGUGCUGAUGGAGGUGCCAAUCGUCUGUAUCGCAUCACAGAAGGAAGCCAGGACACCUUCUUGCCUGAUUACAUCAGUGGUGAUUUUGAUUCCAUUGAGCCUGAAGUCAAGGAGUACUACAAGGUCAAGGGAUGUGAGUUAAUUGAGACAAUGGAUCAGGACUUCACAGAUUUCACCAAGUGCCUUCAAAUACUCCAGAAAAAGAUUGAGAAGAAGGGUCUCCAGAUUGAUGUGAUUGUGACUUUGGGCGGACUUGGAGGACGCUUUGACCAAACAAUGGCAUCAGUGGAAACACUUUUUCACGCAACAAACAUCACUCCUUUUCCAGUGAUAGUUAUCCAGGAGUGCUCGCUGAUCUACCUGCUCCAACCAGGCAAGCACAAGCUGCACGUGGACACGGGGCUGGAAGGCAGCUGGUGUGGGCUCAUCCCCAUCGGGAACCCCUGUGAGAGCGUGACCACCACGGGCCUCAAAUGGAACCUCACUAACCAGGUGCUGAAGUUUGGAACGCUCGUCAGUACUUCCAACACCUACGACAACUCCGGGAUCGUGACCAUUGAGACAGACAAGCCUUUACUGUGGACAAUGGCUAUCAAAAUAUAAGAUCUAUUACAGCUGCCUUUUCUGAUCUGACUCAACUCGUAUUACUGCAGACUUUCACUGAAUUAAGACAGUAAAGCUGUUCCAAAAGAUAUAAGCAGGCAGUGAUUUUUAUGUACUGAAUGGAAAACAAGUCUGAAAUAAAAGUCACUUGAG